CUCACGACACUGCACCGACAUAGGCAGCAAUGGCCGCCUCCUCGCCUUCGUCCUUCCUCGUCCUCAUCCUCGACCUCAAUCCACUGCCAUGGCGAUCACACCCAUCCUCCUCGAGUAGCUCUUCCAGUUCCAUCCUCUCGAUCCUCGUCCCUCCCACGCUCAUCUUCCUCAAUUCACACUUGGCGCUUAGCCACUCCAAUGGCGUGGCAGUCUACGCCUGCGCCACGAGGGGAAGAGCAAGGCUUCUCUACUCUACUGCAGCGCACUCCAGGCGAUCUCACGUCGAUGCUGCCUCAGAUAGUGAGGAGGAAGACAGCGAUGAUGAGCAGAAUGGCGGGGAGAGCAGCAAUUCUCCCCUGCGAGAUGCGUCGACAUACCAACACUUUGCGCUGCUAGGCAGAGCGGUAGUCAGGGGCAUCAGACGGAUGGUCAAAGAGAUGCAGAGGGAAGAGGAACAUCUCGCGCGAGAGAAAAGACGGCGCAGUGCUGCAGGGGAGAAUGGCAGGGAGGAGGACCUCGAAGGGGAGGACGAAGACGAAGAAGAGACGUCCCUCACAAAAGUGCUCAGCAUGUCACUCAGUCACAUCAACCGAAUCAGUCUCGACAGUCCUUCCAUUAGCACCAGUGGCACCUCUACGUCAAACGAUCCUCUUCCACCAUCACGGGGCACACUUCUCUCCUCUGGCCGUUCAGCCGCAAAUGGCACAGACGGAUCUGGCUCGUCUUCAGACUCGCGAAUCCUCAUCCUCUCCUCGACAAGGAGUGCAUCCAACCAGUACGUCGGGCUCAUGAAUUGCAUCUUCGCGGCGCAGAGGAGAUCUAUCCCGAUCGACGUGCUCAAGCUCCAUGGAGGGGAUACGGUCUUUCUCCAGCAGGCUACCAACUUGACGGGGGGAAUCUACUUUCGCAUCGGGCCGGCGCCCAACGACAAGCAAGACGACGAAGAGGACGAUUCGCACAGCCCAUCUUCACCGGCUCAAGCAUUAUCGCAGCGCUCCCUCCUCCAGACCCUCCUCAGCACCUACCUGCCUCCACCUCGGCUGCGUAACCGCUGCCUUCACCUACCCACAUUGGACGACGUUGACUUUAGAGCAAGCUGCUUCUGCCACGGGACCAUCGUCGAUGUGGGCUACGUCUGCGGAGUCUGCCUGAGCAUCUUCUGCCAUCCGCCUAACAGGUGUCUCAUCUGCUCGAGCCCCUUCCCCAAGAAGACAUUGAGGAAGUUUAGGGAGGACAGGACUGUGCCGAGGAUGAAUGAGGACGAGGAAGAGCACGAGGGUGGUGAGGAGGAAGCUGAGCAGGAGGCAUAGUCUAGAAGCGAGAUCGAGAUCGAGACACAGCGCGGUUCUCCCAUUGCAAUGUAUCAAUAGUACGCUCCUUGUC